CCCAAAUAAGGCCUACGAUAGACCAUUGUUACUGUCCUAACUCGUUUAAAACUACAAGUCUCUCAAAAUAUGCAGGUUUCAAUUUGAAUUCGGGAAACUUCUAAACCACGCGCGUACCGAGUAGCUCUGAACACACUCUCUUCUCGCCGAUGGCUAGGGUUCCGGGCAAACAUGGUCGGGAUCAAGCUCUGGAUUUCCAGGGGUUUUUGAAUGACUUGCAGGACUGGGAACUUUCAGUUAAGGAUAAUAAGGAUAAAAAAAUUAAACCUCAAGCUUCUCAUAAGAGAACUAGUGAGGAGACGAGAAAUUUCGAUGGCUUUGAUCGCAUAUCAAGUGGUUUUGGGACUGAAGAUACUGCAGUGGAUGCUACUUCAGAGAAAGAAUUGGGUAAUGAGUACUUUAAGCAGAAGAAGUUUAAGGAAGCUAUUGAUUGCUAUUCGAGAAGCAUAGCCCUGUCACCUACUGCAGUUACCUAUGCAAAUAGAGCUAUGGCUUAUCUUAAAAUCAGAAAAUUUCAAGCAGCUGAAGAUGACUGUACAGAGGCCUUGAAUCUGGAUGACCGCUACAUAAAGGCAUACUCACGCAGAGCAACUGCUAGGAAGGAGUUGGGAAAAUUUAAAAAGUCCAUUGAAGAUUCUGAGUUUGCCUUAAGGUUGGAACCUAAUAACCAGGAAGUCAAGAAGCAGUAUGCUGAUGUUAAAUUGCUGUAUGAGAAAGAGAUUCUUGAGAAGGCAUCUGGGUCGUUAAGAAGCUCUAUUCAGGGAACUCAAAAAGGAGAAAGAUCAGAUUUAAAAGUUGUCGACCAUGGGGGCUAUUCUGCCUCGAGCAGCACUCAGAGGACAGGUGUAUCUACAGGUCAAAAAGACAAGAUUAAGGAGAGUGUUGGAGAGACUCUUGUGAAGAAAUCCCCAUCAGUGCAGGAGAUAAAAGACAAAAGCUCAAGAGCUGGUAUCGAAACAGAAAGUCGAGAAGCUAAUAAUGGUUCCUAUGCUGAUGCAGCUUUGAGUUCUCAGGAGAAGUCUGUCCAGGGACAUGACAGAAUGAGGAAGCAAAAGCUGAAGGCAUCGGUGCAAGAGCUUGCUUCUCGAGCAGCAUCUCGUGCUGUUACUGAAGCUGCAAAAAACAUCAACCCUCCAAAAUCAGCUUAUCAAUUUGAGGUUUCCUGGCGAAGCUUUUCCGGAGAUCGUGCAUUACAGGCUCGCCUCUUAAAGGCCACAUCUCCGAGUGCAUUAGCGCAGAUAUUCCAAAAUUCGUUGUCUGCUCCAGUGCUAAUUGACAUCAUUAAGUGCAUUGCCACUUUUUUCAUCAGUGAUGAUAUGCAUUUGGCUGUCAAGUUUCUAGAGAACUUUCCCCUAGUACCAAGAUUCAACCUACUUAUCAUGUGUCUUUCAGCUGCAGAUAAAGCUGAUCUCCUAAAGAUAUGGAAUGAAGUUUUUUGUAGUGAAGCAACACCAAUUGAGUAUGCAGAGAUUCUUGACGACUUGCGAUCUAAAUACGGCCUCAAGCAGUGAAGGUUCCAUAUUUCAUAGAUCUCAUGUUUUUGGCAUCAAGUAUAUACCCGACUCAAGUGAGGUGAAUCCGCUGCUGGUUUGUUCUCUUGGAAAGCGACUAAGGACCUACGUAAGCUAUCACCAACUUAAAAUCGAUUUGGAUCGAUUUUGAGCAGCGAAUGCACACUGUAUUCCACCAAUUUUCCCCAUUUGAAUUUGCUUUAAAAAAUUAAAAUAGGGAUGUAAAUAGUUUGAGUUGAAAAAAAAAAAAAAUUCACUCGUGUAAUUUAUUCACUUUUUCUUGUUUACUAUUUAUCCUACACCUUCUCUCAUAAAUUUCAUGGACCAUUUUUGAUAGCCA